AGGGAAAGGAGGCCCAUUAGUGAGAAGGGGAGUUCAACUUGGGAAUGAAGAAUGCAUGGCUGCAAUGGUCAGAUACAUCCCAGUUCCAGAUGGCCUCCACCAUGCAGUAGGAACAUACCCCAUGAUGGGCACAGGCCCACCAGGAAAAGGGACCCCAUCAAGAAAGAUGAAUGGAUAUCUUAAUAAAGGGCGAGGACACUCAGGUUGGGGUGGGCCGUACCACCAGCAUCCCUCAAGACAGGGGAGGGUCACAAGGUGGUCAUACUACCAUGAGGGGGAUGUUGAGGUUCCAGAGAUUUGUGUUUACUCAAUUGAGAAUCGCUGCAUGCAUGAAGCUACUGGAUGUGUGAGACUCCAUGCAAAGUGUACUUCACAGUGGCAGCUGAUGGAUAAAGGCCGUUGGUAUAACUUCCGUAAUUUUCAUUCAAUAGAGAUUGAGACAGCAUUUGAGGAUGUGACAAAAGAUAGAGUGAGUCUCAGCAUUGUAAAUCCAGCCAUGCUAGGUAAGGCUGGUCAAGGUAUGCUUAAACUUAUGGGAACAUUUCAGUGGGAAGUAGACUUUAAUGUUAUGGUUUUGAAAAGAUCUGAUGGCAAAAGGAACUUUAAGAUUCGAAGGGUGUCAACUCAGUCUGCAGCUAUCUCCAAGAGUGCCAAAGCCACAACCUUUGAAUGGUACUUCUUAGAUGCAAACAGUAAAUGGAUAAAGUAUGGACAAGUAGACACACUUGGCAGGGCUGACAUGGUAACACAAAUAAUGAGUGAAGAGAUUGAAUCAAAGUUUAUAUCAGGACCAGACACAGCUAUUUUGUUCAGUAACUCCAAAUUUCAGUAUCAGUUGGACUUCACAGCAAUGACACAAACAAAUCUAUCGACAGGAAAAGUAAGGGUUGUUCGUAGGAGACCUGUAAAGAAACAAAGCACGAAACAUAAUUCAAAAACAACUGGACAAAAUAGCAACACAAAUCAGGAGUUUCCAGGAACAUGGGAUAAAAUGAGUGAUGGAGAUAGGGUGACUUUAGUUGCUCUAAAUGAAACUAGUCAGGAGUACAGAGAUGUUAUGUCAAGCAUUCUUUCAACCAUCCCUAAUGUGAGACCAUUCAGCAUCAAGCGAAUACAAAGCCCUUUUCUGUGGAGACCCUUCAAGAACAAAGAAAAAGAACUUGCUAUCAAAUAUGGAGGAGAUAAAAAGCUCAAUGUACAGAAGCUUUUCCAUGGAACCAAAUCGGAAUAUGUUGAUAACAUCUGCAGAGAAAACUUUGAUUGGCGACAUCAUGGCUCAAAUAUUAGCCAGUUGUACGGACAGGGAACCUACUUCUCGAAUAGCGCUGCCUUUGCUCAUGGUUAUAGCACUCCAGAUGCCUUUGGACAUCGAUUUCUCAUGGUAGCUGAAGUUAUUAUUGGACAGAUAGCUAAAGGGGAUCCAUCCAUGAAAAGGCCUCCAAAGAAUCCAACUACAGGAGAACUUUAUGACACUACAGUAGAUAAUGUAAAUUCCCCAAAGGUCUUUGUAAAAUAUGACAAGCAGGAAUAUUGUCCUUAUUAUAUCAUAGAGCUCUCCUAGGUAAUUUGAAAAGGAAAAACUAAGAUAAUAGAUUUACUGAUUUCUUACAGUUAAUAUGAAGCUAUAAACUAAAUUAUAUUACAUUUGUCUAGGAACCACUUUUCAUUUUCAUCAUCUGAUAUUCUUUUCAGAAAUAUAUAACCAUUGAAAAAUAUAAACCUUUUAUAGAUAUGUAAUUAUUGAUGAUUGUAUAAGCUAUUACUAAUGAGGGUAGUAAGAGGCAUCUCUCAUACUUUGAAUGAAAAUUUAUGUAGUCAGUCGAACUCUUGAAGUAUUUGUACCUGCAGUUGUAAAAUCAGUACAUGUUAAUUGAUUAUGUUUGCAUUUAUUUCCACAAAUUUACGCAAAUGAUGAUGUAGUUUUUUAGGACUUUAUGUUAGCACUGUAAUCUAAAUAAUUCAAAGUGAGAUGGUUAGACUGAUCUAAAGUGUGUGCAUGUUCACCUUACUUUUAAAAAAUGGCAGUUUAGUGUACUGUUUCAGAUACAUUAAAAUCACUGAUGUAGAAGAAGUAGAUAUUUUGAUGAAGGCAUUGUAUAAAUACAGUUUUGCAGUUUUUUUCUGUAAAUGUUAGAAGUUUUUUUUUCAAAGUCGUUUUUAACAUAAAUAUAUAGGAUAACACAUUGUAGAAAUAGGAAUACAGAGUUGAUUUGUUACUAUUAUUUAUUAUAAUCAUUACUAUUAUUAUAAUGGUGAUAAUAAUAAUAAUUAUUAUGAUUAUUACA